UUAGUUCUAUUUGAACUUUAGGGUGAUACGUUGAGGAACUCACCUGUCCUCGUCCCCUCUCAAGAACCUGUACAGCCUUCUAAAUCGCCAUGUCUGACCGGGGCUCAUUCGACACUAAUGUCGUUACCCUCACGAGAUUCGUGCUGGAGGAGGGAAGGAAGGCGAAGGGAACGGGAGAACUGACAACCCUCCUCAACUCCAUCUGCACAGCUGUCAAAGCCAUCUCCACCGCCGUCAGGAAAGCUGGGAUUGCCAACCUCUAUGGCAUUGCUGGGAGCACCAACGUGACCGGUGACCAGGUAAAGAAGCUAGAUGUUCUGUCCAACGACCUGGUCAUCAACAUGAUUAAGUCCUCCUUCACCUCCUGUGUCCUGGUGUCAGAGGAGGACGAGAGGGCCCUCAUCGUGGAACCAGAGAAACAGGGAAAAUAUAUUGUGUGCUUCGACCCACUUGAUGGCUCGUCAAACAUUGACUGUCUUGUAUCAAUUGGAACAAUUUUUGCCAUCUACAGAAAGACGACAGACGAUGAGCCCAAUGAGAAGGACGCACUGCAGUCUGGACGUCACAUUGUUGCCGCCGGUUACGCCCUCUACGGCAGUGCCACCAUGAUGGUACUCUCUACAGGACAAGGGGUCAACUGCUUCAUGCUGGACCCUUCCAUCGGGGAGUUCAUCCUAACAGACAAGGAUGUGAAGAUCAAGAAGAGAGGAAAGAUCUACAGUCUAAACGAAGGCUAUGCUCAGCACUUCUACCCAGACGUCACAGAGUACCUGAAGAAAAAGAAAUACCCAGCGGAUGGCAGUGCCCCCUAUGGUGGGCGUUAUGUUGGCUCUAUGGUGGCUGAUGUGCACAGGACUCUGGUGUACGGAGGCAUCUUCUUAUACCCUGCCAAUGUCAAGAGCCCCAAGGGCAAGCUGAGGCUGCUGUACGAGUGCAACCCCAUGUCGUUUAUCAUCGAGCAGGCUGGAGGCAUGGCCACCACGGGAGAGAUGAACGUGCUGGACAUCCAGCCAGAGAACAUCCACCAGCGAGUUCCUGUGGUCCUGGGCUCCCCUGAAGAUGUCCAGGAGUACAUCGCCAUCUACAAGAAGACACGCAUGUGAGGCUGCGCUGGAGCCUUCUCUGGAUCCAUCAUGACCUGUUUGUCCACGAGGGUCGACAUUUGACCCUGACCAUAAGCUAGUCAUCUUUGCAUCAUAUGGAUGGAGCUGUGGAUAUACAGUACAAGUCAAACGUUUGGACACCUACUCAUUCAAGUGUUUAUUUAGAUUUUUUCUUCUAUUUUCUACAUUAUAGAAUAAUAGUGAAGAUGUCAAAACUAUGAAAUAACAAAUAUGGAAU